AUGACAGAAGAACGUUUCCAGAGAAAAUUAUUUCACAUACUAUUUGAAGUGAGAGACCUGAUGAAAUCAUCCCUAUGCAGUAAAACUGCAAGUCUGAAUUGUGAAUUUGAAACUGCUGAAUCACUGGAGGAGUUAGAGGCAAUAGAAUCUGCAUUAGAGAAUAUUGCUAAACAAAAUAAUUUGAGAGAAUAUUUGAGAAGAAUAGGAGGAGUAGACUUUAAAGACCUACUGAAAAAGGCUAUGACAAGAAUGAUGUCCAACAGUGUAAUGUCAAAAAUGAACAUGAAAGGGAAAAAAAAUAAGGUGGGAUUUGUAAAAACAAAAUUGUACAGAGUUAUUUCAGGGUGUGUAAUGAAUGCCUACCCUGAAAUAACGGAAACACAGCUAAAGGAGGAACUUUCCAAGUUCUUAAAGUAUGCUCCAGAAAGGGCUGGAGGAGGUGGUAGAGAAAGACCACAAUAA